AUGCAAUUCACACCUCCUACGCCGGUUCCUAUUGUCGUACGACCAGAAUUUGACGCAGCAGUUAAAAUAAUCUCUCAGUUACGCUCGAAUUCGACCUCUCUACAUGGCUUACAGUAUCGCUCUAUUAUAUGUACUAUAGUUCGAAAUGAUCCUCAUAUUCUUGAAUUUCUUCUUCGAAAUUUGAUAAUUGGUUUUUCUCACAUCGUCAUCUUUGAUAACAACAGAAUUCUGGCUGGCUAUGACGCAAAUAUUAAUAAUGUUCUUGCACCAUUCAUUGCUGCUGGUGUGGUAACUCAUAUUCCACAGGGUGGAAACACCACUGAUUUACUUCACAAUAAUAUAAAAAAUGAAAAUUCUGUUGAAUGUCUCAAUAGAUAUAGUAAAAAGGCAGAUUGGGUGGCUAUAUUUGAUAGUGAUGAAUAUUUUUACUAUGAAAAUGAAAACAGAGCCGUACAUGCACUCAAUAGCCUUCUCACGGACCUCGAACGAAAUCAUGUAUGUGGAGUUAAAGUUCCAUGGACGAUGAUGUAUGGUGAAGCUAAGAUUCUGAAACAGAACAACACGUUAUUUAAAGCUUACCCUCGUGAAUGUGGAAUUCAUGGAUUGACUAAAAUUAUUGCGAGACCUAAUUUAACAAAUUUUAAUAUUCCACAUGAUAUAUCAUGUAGAGCCAGCGCAGAUACAGUAAAAAUCUUGACGGGAAAUCACAAUUCAAAAAUUUCGCUAAUCCAUUACUAUAGUAAAUCCAUGGAAGAAUUUCUAGUCAAAGUUGAUCAAAGUAUACCUCCGUUUAUAAGAAUGCCAAUAAAAACGUAUGAUCUUGGACCCGUUUGUAGCCUUAUCAAGUUCAAUUACUCGAAAGACUAUGAAAACAUUUUUCUUCACUCUUACCAACAGCUUGAUGCAAUGGAUUCAUUGAAGCCGAAGAAUUUUUUAACGGCACCUAUGCUGACUACAAAACAUAUGGCUGAUUAUCCUCUAUAUAUUUACUUGAAGUAUCGAUGUGCUAAACGACAUGAGUUUGAUAAUGAGAAAUACUUGGCUACUAAUCGAGAAGCAAAAGCAUUAGUUGACAGAGGUGCAAUGGUAGAUGGUUUGUAUCACUUCAUGGAUAAUUUUCCGAAAGAAGCUAUUGGCUGUUGGAAAACCGAAGAGCGGUCAUUCUGUGAAUAG